AUGUUCCUAGCCUUUCUCAUAGGGUUAGAAAUAUCUAGUACUACAAUCCAAGGGAUAAGCUUCCAAGCCAUAUCCUGUUGCAAAUCUUUCCUUGAUCUGAAAUAUGCUGAGAUUUCACAGUUUAUCGCCGCAAGACCCAGAUGCGGCCAUGGCCAUGGAGAUCUGUUUUGGAAUCCAUUCCUUGCCAGAGGAUUCUACCCCGUAAUCGCUCUUACCUUUACACAUCGGUAUUCGUGUUGCACAUCUGUGUGA